GUGGACACGGGCCGAGCGCGAAGCGCGGUAUGAUGUGCGCUCAAGCAAAGAAGAGUAAGGAGACAAUCCGCCAUGCGCCUGUGCGUUCGAUGGCGCCUUAUCGCGCGCAGACCACGCACGUUCAGCAUCGCGCAACCGGUGCACGCAAGGCCACGAACGGCGGUGAGUCGAAGAAGGCGGCGUUCAAUAUCGGCUCGGUCUCAUCGAAUGGUUCACACGGCGGUCCGUCCAAACGCAAGGAGGAACCGGCCGCCCCUGCGCCCAAGCCUCGUCAGCACGAAAGUGCGAAGGCACCCGCCACCACCUCCGCACCGCAACGACGCGGUAUCGUCGUGACCGAGUCAUCAGACUACGAGACGACCGACUCAGAGGACGACUCGGAGUGGGCGUCGAACAACAGCGGGCCUGACCGGCAACGCGAGCGGGAGGCGCGCACGCGCGAAGAGAGCCGGCUGCAGCAGGCAGCGGAGGAGGCGCAGCGGCAGCGAAACAUGUUCGCAAAGGUGCCGCGGCGGUCGUACACGGCUCUGCCGCGGACGCAGUCCGGCCUGCUCUCGCAGCUGAUGAACCCGGACCCGAACAUCUUCCCGCCGAACUACCCGUACCGGCGCGGCUUCUCUUCGCAGGAAGUCACCCAGUACGAGCGCCAGGCCGCGCCGCCCCCGCUGCAGACGAGCAAGAGCUUGGCCGCGCUCCGCCAGGCGGCGGCCGUUGUUGCGCAGGCGCAGCGCACGGACGGCGCGCAUGCGAGCAGCGUGAAGGCGAAGGACACCGCGCGCCCGAAGGGCCGCCCGCAGAGCGUGGAGUUCGAGGACUCGGACAGCGAGGACGAGAACGGGGACAACGGCUUGCAGGUCUCGCACAGUCUCGCACAGCAGAAGUUGGCAGCGCUUGCGGACUCGAGUCGGCGACGGUAUUCGGACCGUGGACCACCGCCUUCCGAGCCGGCAGUGCGCCCCCAGAUCCCCAGCGUCGCUACCGCGCCGAUCCCUCUUGGCCACCCGUAUAAUUUGCCGGCACCCGCUAUGCCUAUGACUCCCCGGACGACGCGCAGGCAGAUGCUCUCGACAGAGCUGUCGGAGAGCUUGCGCCGCAAUCUGCUUUGGGAGCGGCAGGUCAGCCGGACUAGUACGAUGGGUCCUAGACGGAAUGGUCUCCUCGGCAAUGGUCUCCGUCCGCUCACCGCCGUCCACGAUCAACCACGGACUGACGCCUCGGGCAGCAAGAGCGGGGAUGAGGAUGAGAUCAAGGACGAGCGCAAACAGCGGAACGUCGCGCGUAAUCGGAGCUGGGCGGACGACUAUCACUACGCAGGAUGGUAGUGUCGUCGGUGUCACCCCUCCCGUUUCGCGCUUUCUUUCUCGGUUGGUUUAGUGUAUGAUAAU